AUGUCUACCGCUGAGCUGGCCACUUCGUACGCGGCGCUGAUCCUCGCCGACGACGGCGUCGAGAUCACCUCCGACAAGAUCCAGACCCUCAUCAAGGCUGCUAACGUCGCCGAUGUUGAGCCUAUCUGGGCUUCAUUAUUCGCCAAGGCUCUUGAGGGCAAGGAUGUGAAGGACCUUCUCUCUUCUGUCGGCUCGGGUGGCGGCGCCGCUGCCCCCGCCGCUGGCGGCGCUGCUGCCGCUGCUGGCGGUGCUGCUGAGGAGGUCAAGGAGGAGGCCAAGGAGGAGGAGAAGGAGGAGUCGGACGACGACAUGGGAUUCGGUCUUUUCGACUAA